GUGUACAUAUAUGCCAUCAUUUAGGAGGUUUUCUUUUCUUUUUAUUUUCAUGCUUGUUCAGCAGGCACAGGGAUGUUUUUUUCUUUUAUUCCCACACGGAAUUUAAAGCUGCAUAGGAUUUCUGUCUUAUGAGGAAGUGAAAAUGGAUUAUUAAAUGAUAGAUUAUUAAAGAUAAUGGUGGCCCCAUGUGAUGGAUAGUGGAUGCUGAGCGAUAGAGAAAAUCACAACAGAUUUAUUUAUUUAGGUAAUUGAUGGAUAGAGCACAGGACGUGGGCACAGUGGGAUAAUUGACAAUCAUGUCGGAGGACCAGGUGGACGGAUUGGGCAUGUCCCGGCCCAGGGACGCCAACUAUGGGCUGGACGUGAUGGAUCUCCGUAAAAUCAUGGAGCACCACAAACAUGAAGGCUACGAGUACAUACAGGAGAAGUACGGCGGAGUGUUGGAGCUAUGUAAACAACUAUACACCUCACCUAACGAAGGUAUUUCUGGAUCCCCAGUAGACCUUGAGGACCGGCGGAAAACAUUUGGGUCCAAUGUGAUUCCUCCCAAACCCCCCAAAACCUUCCUCCAACUGGUGUGGGAGGCCAUCCAGGACGUCACCCUUAUUGUUCUUAUUGUAGCUGCUCUUAUCUCAUUAGGAUUAUCAUUUUACCCCAGAUCGGAGGGGGAGGGUAGUGAUUCGUCGGAAUCGGAGGCCGGAUGGAUCGAGGGUGUGGCCAUUCUAGGAGCAGUGGUAGUGGUGGUCUUAGUGACAGCUUUUAACGAUUAUCAAAAAGAAAAACAAUUCCGCGGACUUCAGAGUAAAAUCGAGCACGAACAUCAAUUUUCUGUCAUCCGAGGGGGACAGGACAAAAAUAUUCCAGUCGGAGAAAUUGUGGUGGGAGAUAUAGCUCAAGUUAAAUAUGGUGAUUUGUUGCCAGCUGAUGGAUUAUUAAUUCAGAGUAACGAUUUGAAGGUCGACGAGAGUUCGUUAACGGGAGAGUCAGACCACGUGAAGAAAGGGGUCAAAACUGACCCCAUGAUGUUCUCAGGUACUCAUGUAAUGGAAGGAAGUGGGAAGAUGUUGGUGACGGCGGUUGGGGUCAACUCACAAACUGGAAUCAUUUUUGCCCUCCUUGGCGCCUCAAGUGAGGAAGGAGAUAAAGACAAAAAGAAGGAGAAAAAAGAUAAAAACAGGUUAAAAGGCGAAGAAGGAAACGGAGGCACACGUACGAAUAUGGCUGGCCAGAAUACACCAUUGCUUUCUAGUGAUGCUGAUACAAAAGUGGAUAUUGAUUCCAUAACGCCUGUGAUUACGGGAAACAAUUCCCACAACAAUGCGACAAACGCGAACAACAAGACAGCCAAUCAGGGAGAGGAGGACGAGAAGGAACAGAAAGCCAAAGUGGAGACCGCCCGCAAGGAAAAGUCUGUCUUACAGGGCAAACUGACCAAGCUAGCCAUUCAGAUCGGAUAUGGAGGUACGGCGGUGGCUGUUUUGGUGGUGCUGAUUCUGAUCGUGAAGUUCUGCGUAAUAGAGUUUGGGAUUGAGGGCAAGAGUUGGGGAGCCGAUGACACUGCCAUCUAUAUAGAGACGUUCGUCUUCUACUUCAUCAUUGGUGUGACAGUGUUGGUGGUGGCCGUCCCCGAGGGUCUGCCACUGGCAGUCACACUGGCUCUGGCCUAUUCUGUCAGGAAAAUGAUGGACGACAACAAUUUGGUACGACAUUUAGAUGCCUGUGAGACAAUGGGUAAUGCCACAGCCAUCUGCUCGGACAAGACGGGAACCCUGACCACCAACAGAAUGACUGUCGUCCAGUCCUACAUUGGCAGAGCCCAUCACAAGAGUACCCCUAACUUCAACUCCCUGGCCCCUCCCCUACAGGACCUCAUUGUCAGAAGUAUUGCCAUCAACAGUGGUUACACCUCAAGGGUUCUUCCUGACAAAGAUGGGGGACUCCCACAGCAGCUUGGAAACAAGACAGAGUGUGCCCUGCUGGGAUUUAUCCUUGACCUUGGUCAGCAGUACUAUCCAAUCAGAGAGGAGGUGCCAGAGGAAGCACUGUUUAAAGUCUACACCUUCAACUCUGUCCGCAAGUCCAUGAGCACCGUCAUAAACAUGAAGUUUGGGUACAGGCUGUUCACGAAAGGGGCAUCAGAAAUUGUCUUGAAAAAGUGUAACUACAUUCUGGAUUGUGAUGGCAAGCCCAAACCCUUCACAAUGGAGGACCAGGAGAAGGUUGUCAAGAAUGUCAUAGAACCCAUGGCAGGGGACGGCCUCAGGACUAUAUGUGUGGCUUAUAAAGAUUACCAUACAGAUUCAAGUACAAAGACAGAGGACAGUGAGGAGAUUUUGAAGCCAGACCAUGACUGGGAAGAUGAGGAUUCUGUUGUGAGAAAUCUGACCUGUAUACUGGUCGUUGGCAUUCAGGACCCAGUCAGAGAUGAGGUGCCAGCUAGCAUUAAACAGUGUCAGAGUGCUGGAAUUACAGUAAGAAUGGUUACAGGAGAUAACGUUAACACAGCUCGAUCCAUUGCUACCAAAUGCGGGAUUCUGACCCCACACGAUAAUUUCCUUGUUCUGGACGGUAAAGAGUUCAACAAACGUAUCAGAGAUGCCAAAGGAGAGGUGAGCCAGGAACUUCUAGAUAAGGUUUGGCCGGACCUGAGAGUGUUGGCUAGGUCCUCUCCCCAGGACAAGUACACGCUAGUGAAAGGCAUCAUAGACAGCAAGAAGUCCAGCAGCCGCGAAGUGGUGGCCGUCACCGGGGACGGUACCAAUGAUGGCCCCGCCCUCAAAAAAGCUGAUGUGGGAUUUGCUAUGGGUAUCUCAGGAACAGAUGUAGCAAAGGAGGCAUCAGAUAUUAUUCUGACAGAUGACAAUUUUACCAGCAUUGUCAAAGCUGUCAUGUGGGGCAGAAAUGUCUACGACAGCAUCGCUAAAUUUUUACAAUUCCAGCUCACUGUUAACUGUGUGGCUGUGAUGGUGGCUUUCUUUGGAGCCUGUAUUAUCAAUGACAGUCCACUGAAGGCUAUCCAGAUGUUAUGGGUCAAUCUGAUUAUGGACACCCUGGCAUCUCUAGCUUUGGCCACAGAGCUGCCCAGCCCAGAACUCCUCAAGAGAAAACCCUAUGGCAGAACCAAAGCUCUCAUAUCCCGAACCAUGACAAAAAAUAUUCUGGGACAUUCUAUUUAUCAGCUUAUUGUUGUAUUUGUUCUAUUAUUUGCAGGAAAUAAUUUGUUUGAAAUUGAUGAUGGAAAAUAUGCGAAAAUCCACGCCCCUCCAUCACAGCACUUCACUAUUAUAUUUAAUACAUUUGUUAUGAUGACAUUAUUUAAUGAAAUUAAUGCUCGAAAAAUUCAUGGGCAGCGUAAUAUUUUGGAAGGAUUAAGAAGAAAUCCUGUAUUUAUAGGAAUUUGGAUUGGUACAUUUGUAGCACAGAUAAUCUUAGUACAGUUUGGUGGCACUGUAUUUUCCACUAAAGCACUUACAUUAGACCAGUGGUUCUGGUGUGUGUUUUUAGGAGUAAGCACAUUAUUAUGGGGACAGAUAAUUACAACUAUUCCAACAUCUGUCAUACCAAAGAACAUCUGCAGGAAGAGGAAGACGCCGGAGGUGGAGGAUGAAGAAGAGGAGGAAGUGGAAGAGGUCGACGGGAUGCCAGGACGCCGCGGACAGAUCCUGUGGAUCCGCGGUCUCGCUCGUCUCCAGACGCAGAUCCGUGUUGUUAAUGCUUUCCAAAUGGACUUUGACACUUCCCAGCUAGACAGCUACGAUAAGAGGAGUCGGCCUUCAGUAAUUAGUCUUCAAUCAUUACAAUCGGCACAACACAGGUCCGCCAUCUCUAAAAAACCCAAUCUGGCAAGUUCGCCGGAAAUUGAUGAGGGCAACAAUCGCUCCCCUUUAUUUGGAAGACAAGACAGUAUCCCAUAUGCAGAUGAAUAAACUCAUAGAAAAUACUGAAUUUAGGUUUUAUGUAAUUUACUCUUUUGGUAAAAAAAAUUCCAUAGACUCGAGUCAUUCUUGAAAAAAAAAAUCAGAUGUUUCUAUAUUUUAUAUAACCCCCCUUUUUUUUCAUGCAAACCAACAUUCGCAAACUUGCUCUCGCAUGUUUAUUAUUCUCCUAAUGAGUUUCUUGAUUUUUAAAUAUAUAUAGUGCUAUUUUUAGAAUAUAUAUAUAAGACUAAAUUGAACAUAUUUAUUUUUGUCUUGGACGCACACAAAAGAAACAGAUGAAGCUAUACCCAGAAAUACAUCUAUAUUUAAUUCUUGAACAUUUUCUUAAGAUAAUUGCACAUAAUAGAAACAGUAAGACUUUUCUGCAUGAAAACUGGAUGCUGUUAAAAUAUUCAUUCUCAUAAUUUAUGAGCGUGUAUGCAUAAUGACAUUACAUUUUACGUAUGUAAUAGCAUGCUGCAAUAUCGGAAACAUAUUCAGUUGCAAAAACUGUAAUCAAUAUUUCUCCCUUUCUCAAAAUAAUACAUCCAUAACACAAUAAAACGGUCAAGCUAAUGCUGAAACUAUAUUCUGUCCCGUAAUAUUAUUUAAAUUAAAUUGUUCGUUUAAAAAUAGUGGACUUAAACACGAAAUUGAUUAUUAUCAUAUAAUAUUUAUAUUUUGUAAGAAUUAGUUUGUGAGGCAGCUACAGUAUGUAGAAUGUAAAUUUUCGGAUAACGAUUACUUUGAGUUCCUACACUAUACUACGACUACAGUUGUAUUGCCAACCCUAUUAUCUGAUGAAUUGCCGUAAUCUAGAAUUCUCUCACGUUUAUUGUAGACUUCAUAAAAAGUCCAGACCUUUCAGGAAAGAAGUUCCAGAAUCAACCGGAACCGGAAGUACGGCAUGAUAACGAGACUAUUAAAAUGUCUGCUUUACAUGGGUUUAACUUUUGAUAUUUCGGCGACUUUUACAGAAGGACAGACUUUGCGCGCCACUUAUAUAUAUAUAUCCCAUAAGCCACUUGUAGCAUAGUGUCAUAUGGCAUGUCACCUUGAAGGCAUGAUGGUUCUCUUCACUAACCUCUGUGUAUUGGUGUAUAUGUUACAAUCACCUAACAUUGUUCUACAACGGCGAAAAGUGAUGGGAUUUCGCUUAUGUGUUUAAUUCUCUCUAUAUAUAUAUCCAAUAUCAGACACUGGCAUGCAUGUACAAUGUCAUUUUAAUCUUGCAGUGAUUUGUUUAGAUAGUACUCAUUGUGAACACCAUUUAUUCAUAGGGUUAUUGUUGCAUUUGUUUUUAUUUUUGGACACAAAUAUCACGUUUCCACGUUGUUAUAAGUUAUGCAUAUUGCAUACUAAAUGCUGUUCAUGUUGUCAACAAAUGAAAAGAUCAUGAUGUAUAAUUUAUGUGGUAUAUUAUAUUUUGUUCCAUUUUCAUGAUCACGAGAAUAUGUUCAAACUGCUAGAUAAAUAUUUUUUAUUCAAGAGCAGAUUUAUUGUAGGCUUUUUUAUGUUCACUGCAAAAACGUGAUUUCUAAUUCUUCAGUUAGAAAGAUAAUAUCCCACACUCUGUCGUUGUUGUUCUGUAAUUAUAAAAUUUUUUAAAAUUGGUAAAAUCAUACCUUUUUGUUAACCAUAUUUUCAAAAUCCUGCAUUUUGAUUAUUUCUGCCUGAAAACACUAGAAAAAACGAAAAGAAAAAAGCACAGAAAAAAAAUACUAUUAGUCAAAAACAUUGUGAUAUACAUGUAUAUAUAUAUAGAAAAAUAGCCUGAAAUAAACGCCUCUCUACUUUCAUAUUUGAAUUGUGUCAAAACUGAUACCAUGUCCUAGAAAUGGUAUGGUAGUUGAUUGUAUAUAUAUUUACAUGUAUAUAUACUUGUCUACGAGGAAUGUUAGGAAUUUCACCUUCUCUGUCUGUCGAGGUAUUCAGUCUUGUACACGUGUUUCAUAUCCUAUUCCAUUAAGUUUUGAUUUUGUGUGUAGAUUAAGCAUGUUGCUAACGUGUGACGCUGGUUCAUGUUGAAAACGAGGCUGCUGCCCUGCUGCUUUUAUACGAGAAUCCUAUACCCGAUCAAAAAUUUUGAUCCUUUAUCCAGAUUUUUGAGCAAUCCGCCUACAGAAUAGAUACCUACACAUAAAGUUAAUUCAUUUUAAAAAAAACACAGGCUAAUUUCUUCCAUCAAUGAAAAAUAAAUAAAAGGUUCUUUUUUUUGCAUACGUGGUCCGUAUUAUAACAAUUACCUGAAUAUGUAGUAAAAGUAAAACAAGAAAACGAUGGUUGCAUUUAAUUAUAUAUCUAAUGUGAAUUUCUAUGAUGACAAUGUAGAAGAGAGGGAAGAAAGAUUUCUCCCCCACAAAGAAUUGUUAGAAUGUGUUAGUGUUUUGAAUCUCUGCUUUUUGCGUCACGUCUUGACAAAGACGGUAGUGUUAACAGGUGACGCCUUAAUGCUUGUUAAACUGUUUGUAAGAGUGGAAUGCGAUUUGAAGAGUACAUAUAUAAAAGUUUUGUACAAGGUUUUGUGAUGCAAGAAAAUAUGGUUUAUAUAAUUUAUUGUGUUUUUAAUCCAAAAAGUGUGUUGUAUUAGAAACAUGUUGAAAUAAAGAAAUAACCUUUAUACAAAACUAAAAUAAAUUGUUCUUGGUUAA